CAAGCAGUUGCCCUCUAGUGAGGAGGGGGUCCGUCUACAAAGAUUUGAAGCAAUCCCCAGUCUGUGAGCUCCCCACUUCCUUUUUGUUCCCUUCUGCAUCUCAUUUUCCUAUCCACAGGCAAAUCUCAGAGUAGUGGCUCUGAAAGGCACAUACGCAGGGGUGUGGAUGGGCUGGGUGACCCUGGCUGCAGCCAUUAGGGGAGGGACCCUGGCUGGGUCAUCCCGGCCAACUCUGACCCUAACUCUGCCCCCCACUCCCUCUGUUCCAGGACACAAUACCUAGCCCUUCCUGACAGGGCUUUCUUUAUGCUCUUAUUCUACAAGUUAGAAAAGAGAGGAGGAGGUGAUCAAUUGGAGCUCUCCAACCUGUUGAGGGAUUGGGGGUUCUUAAAGGCCCCCCAGGGCCUGGCGCUGACAAAGCAUCUGCAAUUAAUGAUGCUUCUCAAGCUCUGGAGACAGGAUUUAUGCAUCUAAUAAAGUCUGUAAUUCCAGGCUUAGGGGCUAGGGCCGGAGGCUGAGAGCAGGAAGUCCCGGAGGGGCCAUGGGAGGGGAUCUCAGGGGCUCUUAAUGGAGCCGUGCAUUUCCAUUGCCUGCUCUAGAUUCCCCCUCCAGCUGCGGUGGGGGUGGCGGGCAGGGGGACAGCAGGUAUAAGAGGCAGAUGUGGCCGGAGGAAGGCAGAUGACAGCAUGGAUUCCAGGCAGGCAGCAGUGCUACUGCUGGUGCUGCUUUUCAUAACAGACUGGGGCCACGCUGAAGGACCAGGGGGCCAGGGUGGAGAUCACAUCUUCCUGGAGGAAGACACCGGACCCCGCACGCCACAGGAUGCCGAGGCCCCUGCGUCACUCUUACUCUCCCUGCUCCAGGCCAUGCAGAGACCCGGCCGGAGCCCAGCCUUCCCGUUUCAGCCCCAAAGGUUUGGCAGAAAUACCCAGGGCUCCGGGAGCAACGACCGGCUGAGUACCCGAGCUGGGGAGGGGCUGAGCGCCCCGUUCUGGAGUCUGGCUGCCCCUCAGCGCUUUGGGAAGAAGUGACAUGUCAUCUCUUGAUCCAUCUGCAUGCAAGGCCCACACCCAAAGUGCCAUGUAUCUCCCUUCCCCCAAAAUAA